AAAUACCAAUAUUGAAUUUCCUUAGAACUGGCUAACUAAUUUAUGACCACCAUGUCAAUCUUAAGGGGAUUUUGGAGGAAGAAAUUUUCUUUGGAAUCGAUUCGAUUGUGUCCACCUUGGAGCAGAUGAUUCAACGCGUCGAAAUCGAUCGUGAUGAUACGCCUCUGACUGGACGAGACGUAAUUCUCUCAUUGUGCGCCGCAAAAACGGAACUUCGUUUUCAGGGGGUCAAUUUGGCCGACGCUGAUUUGAGCCGACUGAACUUGAGCCACAUCAACUUCAAGAAUGCAAAUAUGAAGGGUUGCAAUUUGAAGAACGUGAAUCUGGGCUGGUUCUGUUUGGAAAGGGCGGAUUUAUCCUACGAUAUAAUUGAUGGGGCUGAACUAUUGGGCGUUAAAGAAUUAUGUGCGAAUUUGGAAGGUGCUCAAAUGAGAAACUGCAAUUUCGAAUUACCGCAGGGUAACAAAUCGAAUAUGGAAGGUGUAAAUCUUAAGGGGGUCAACAUGGAAGGCUCGGAUAUGAUCGGAGUCAAUCUUAGGGUUGCUACUUUGAAGAACACCAAGAUAUGCGAUAUGAAAGGAGCCGUCCUUGCUGGCAGACCUGGAGCUGGUGAUCUCCACGAAGCUAACUUGCGUGGUGCUAAACUGAAAGAUGCCGCUUUUGAGCUAUUACUUACACCUUUGCACAUGUCCAAAACUAUCAGAUAA